AUGGAUCUUCAGGCAGAUAGUUCUAGAUUCGGAUCUUUACCCAAUACGACAUUGAGGAAUCUCUCGUCGUCCUCUUCCGCAUUCUUUUCGGCAAAUCAAUCGCCCUUCUUCUCCCCAAGAUCGCCAACGGGUCGGUUAUCCACACAUUCGAGCAAUCCAUGUAAUGGUGCCAGUACAAAUACGUUAUUGGAUACUCCAGAAGUGGAAUCUUUAACGAACAUUAGAUUUGCCUCAAAUGAUAUUUGUCCUGCUCCAGCAUCUUGUACCUCGAAUGAUUUCCAAAAGGUCGAUCACGUUUCCACUUUAACAGGCAUAUCAAAUAGUCCUCUAUCGAGCUAUAGUAUUGGUCAUGAUGGUUUCACGAGAAAUAGGUGUAAAAGCAAAAAGAUUGGGAGAUUGGUUGAAACUAUGGUUCCUCCAACUUCUUUUUCUUCUAAUAGACUCAGGAGUUGUGAUGUGUACAUAGGUUUCCAUGGCCGCAAACCUUUAUUACUUAAGUUUACUAAUUGGCUUCGGACAGAGUUAGAAGUUCAAGGGCUGAGUUGUUUUGUAUCAGACAGAGCUCGGUGUAGGAAUUCGCGAAAGCAUAGCAUCGUUGAGAAGGCAAUGGAUGGUAGUACAUUUGGGGUUGUUAUCUUGACAAGAAAGUCAUUCAGAAAUUCAUACACCAUUGAAGAGCUCCGGUUCUUCUCGAGCAAGAAGAAUUUGGUUCCUGUGUACUUUGAUUUGGGUCCAGAUGACUGCCUUGUGAGAGAUAUAAUUGAGAAAAGGGGAGAGCUGUGGGAAAAACAAGGUGGUGAGCUCUGGCUGCUAUAUGGAGGACUCGAGAAAGAAUGGAAAGACGCUGUUAGCACCCUUUCUCGUGUUGAUGAGUGGAAACUAGAGGCUCACGAGGGCAAAUGGAGGGACUGCAUAUUGAGAGCUGUCACUCUUUUGGCAUUCAGGUUAGGAAGGAGAAGCAUUGUAGAUAGAGUAACUAAGUGGAGAGAGAAGGCCGAGCAAGAGGAGUUUCCUUUCCCUCGAAAUGAGAAUUUUAUUGGUCGAAAAAAGGAGUUAUCUGAGCUGGAAUUCAUGCUUUUUGGUGAUGUCAGCGGAAAUGCAGAGAGAGACUAUUUUGAACUCAAGGCAAAACCGAAACGAAAGAACUUGACAAUUGGUUGGAGUAGGAGUAAUUUGGUAGAUGAAAAGCAAAGGGACCGAUACAGUGCAAGUAGCAAGAGAAAGGGGAAAGAACCGAUUGUAUGGAAGGAAUCAGAAAAGGAAAUUGAAAUGCAAAGCACUGAAUUUUCUCAACAUACGCCAAAGCUAAAGAGUACUGGAAAGAACGGAAGGAGAUUGAGAUCGACUGAAGUUGUGUACGGCAAGGGAAUUGCUUGUGUGUCAGGAGACUCAGGCAUUGGGAAGACAGAGCUACUUCUUGAGUUUGCUUACAGAUUCCAUCAGAGGUAUAAAAUGGUUCUAUGGAUAGGAGGGGAAAGCAGAUACAUUCGGCAGAAUUAUUUAAACCUUUGGUCAUUCUUAGAAGUCGAUGUAGGGGUGGAGAAUUGCAUGGAAAAAAGCCGGACAAAGAGCUUUGAAGAACAAGAAGAGGCAGCAAUAGCCAGAGUUCGAAAGGAGCUCAUGCGAAACAUUCCUUUUCUGUUGGUGAUUGAUAAUUUGGAGAGUGAGAAGGACUGGUGGGACCACAAACUCAUAAUGGAUCUACUUCCCCGUUUUGGUGGGGAAACCCACGUUAUUAUAUCCACACGACUCUCUCGUGUAAUGAACCUCGAGCCCUUGAGACUUUCUUACCUGUCAGAGGUAGAGGCAAUGUCUUUAAUGCAGGGAAGCAUUAAGGAUCUCUCGAUUACAGAAAUAGAUGCGCUACGGGCUAUCGAGGAAAAACUUGGACGGUUAACUCUUGGUCUCGCUAUUGUGGGAGCAUUACUAUCCGAGCUUCCUAUAAACCCGAGCAGGCUAUUGGAUACCAUAAAUCGGAUAUCGACAUCGUCAAGGGAUGCGACGAGGAAUGGUAGGGAAAAUCACUCACUACGGAGGAAUAAUUUCCUUUUGCAACUCUUUGAGGUCUGUUUUUCCAUAUUGGACCAUGCGGAUGGACCAAGGAGUUUGGCGACUAGAAUGGUCCUCGCAAGCGGUUGGUUUGCACCUGCGCCGAUUCCGGUAUAUAUUCUAGCACUGGCAGCUCAUAAAAUACCCGAGAAACGCCAACAUCGCCGGCUAUGGAAAAAGAUUCUGCAUUCCUUAACUUGUGGCUUCACAUCAUCAUAUGCUCGAAGAUCAGAAGCAGAAGCAUCUUCAUUAUUAAUAAGAUUUAAUAUCGGACGAACUUGUAUGAAGGAAGGUUACGUUCAAUUCAACCAGCUUGUCAAACUUUACGCAAGGAAGAGAGGAACCACUGGAGUUGCAGAAGCCAUGGCACGUGCUGUCAUUAGUCGAGGAUCAAUAUCCCAUCACUCUGAACACAUAUGGGCUGCAUGUUUCCUGCUUUUCGGAUUCGGAAAAGACUCUGUAGUAGUCGAGAUUAAGGUGUCGGAAUUAUUGUUUCUUGUGAAAGAAGUGAUCUUGCCACUUGGCAUUAGGACAUUUGUUACCUUCUCAAGAUGCAGUGGGGCUUUAGAACUCCUUCGACUAUGUACAGAUGCAUUAGAAGCUGCAGAUCAAGCUUUUGUCACCCCAGUUGAGAAAUGGUUCGAUAAGUCACUUUGUUGGAAACCUAUCCAAACCAGUGCCCAACUGAAUCCCUACCUUUGGCAGGACCUUGCAUUGGCACGAGCUACCGUGUUGGAAGUCCGUGCGAAGCUAAUGCUAAGAGGGGGGCAGUUUGAUAUAGGAGAUGAUCUCAUUAGGAAGGCUAUUUUUAUUAGAACUUCAAUAUGCGGUGAAAAUCAUCCCGACGCGAUAUCUGCUCGGGAAACGCUUAGUAAACUUACAAGACUCCUUGCUAAUGUUCAAAGUCAUACAUCACCAUAG